AUGUCCGUCAUGUCCGUCAUGACCGUCCUGCCCAAGGCCAAACACACAGCGACCAUCAUCUUCUCCCAUGGGCUGGGCGAUAGUGCGGCGGGGUGGUACCCUUUCGCGCAGGCUCUGGCACCGAGGUUCAAGCACGUCAAAUGGGUGUUGCCGACCGCUCCUAUGCAGCCUGUUACGCUUAAUGGAGGUAAGUAGGGUAGAGCUGCGAUGCUCGCUGGUAUGAGCUGUCAUACGUUGGUGUUAUUCCGUUGCUGAUCCGAUCGAGACCCCACCCCACAUGCGACACGUAGGCAUGCCGAUGAACAGCUGGUAUGUCGCUCGAGCAUAACGGUCUAGGUUUUGUCGAGUCUGGAGAGAAGUGCUCACACAAUGCCUCGUGCACAUGCCAGGUUCGACAUCCGCUCCUUGACGCCGACCAACUCCUCCCAAGAGGACGAACGAGGUCUGCUCGCGUCGGUGCGAACCAUCUCGGACUUGGUUGCUGCCGAAGUCGAUGCUGGUAUCCCCGCGAAUCGCAUUGUCGUUGGAGGGUUCUCACAAGGUAGGAGAUGCGCCGUUGAGCCUCGAAAUCGCACAACCGCUGACAAUAGUAUUUCGUCAUUUCCUAGGAGCCGUCGUCUCCCUCGCGGUCGGAGCCACCUUGGAGCGCACACUCGCCGGCCUGAUCUCGCUCUCGGGGUUCUUGAUGUUGGCGGACAAGCUCAAAUCGAUGCAAGUCGACCACGCACCUUCCUACCCGGUCUUUUGGGGCCAUGGCACCGGCGAUCCGGUGGUGAGGUACCAGUGGGGGGAGAUGUCGGUGCAGAAAUUGAGGGAGCUCGGGUGGAAGAAUAUUCAGUUUGAAAGUUAUCCGGGUCAGUUGGGGCGGGGUUGUGAUGUCUCGCCCAUGGUACGAUGCUGACAUGUUGUUGUUGGUUCAUGAUCGGCUUCUAGGUAUGCAACAUACCCUCGGGGCCAAGGAGCAGCAAGACGUCGAGGCUUGGCUCAAGAAGAUUCUGCCCGAACAGUAGUAACCCGAUGCAAUCGACGAUAGACGGUGCUUCAUUCUUAACAAUACUCUGAGAAAUCAUGCGGGGCCAGAUUCUCCCUAAAUUUAUUGGCGACUAACUUAUAAAGUCAUUCGGGUUCACCGAACCGUGAGCUGUUCACGAGGGCAUCCGCUGGCUCACGAGCAUGUUCGCCGCGCGCGUCACUCGCGCGUCGAGUAGCGUCGCGAGCUGCCCGGGCGCGAACUGGCCAGAACUGGCGCGAAAUCGACGAGCGUGGGUCACCGCGACCCCUCAACCAUCCCGUUCCCUCUGGCACACACAUCGACCACGAAGCCGGCAGUCCCAAUCAAAAUCGGUCCCCGGCCUCCCAAGACCGGCGAACGCGAGUUCUUGAGCGUACCGUACGACCCCGAUUCGGAUCUGCGGACGGACCCAAACACGCGGUGCGUGCGGUGCGACUCGAACAGCUUACAGCUUGUAGCGCUCCUCGAUCAUCAGCGCCUCAGCGAGCGGGUGCGGGUGCUUCAACCGAUUUCGUCACUUCGCCGUUAUAUAGGAAGAUCAGUACCGCUGGGAGCUCAAGCAAAUUCGGACGAACGACGGCGAUCUUGUCAAGAGUGAGUUGGUUACAGGCUCGACAAAGUGUUGGUUCGCACUGCAUCACAUGCCGUGCAGCUCUCACACCCACUUGAGCGCGGGCCCCCGAUCUCGCCGCCAGAGCGGUCCGGCGCUUAAUUCGCCUGCCCGAGCUCGAUGCUGACCUUUGCGUGUUGUGAGCUGGCCUACAGUGACGACGCCUACGACCAAGAAGUCGACCCCACCACCGCGGAAUCGUUUGCCCGCUUUGGCCGAGGUGCUCAGACGCAGUAGGUCCCUUGUUGCGUGGUCACGGCGCACCCUCUCCUGUCUCAUCCAUCCAGCCGUCGUGGGUGCAACAUGCGGUGUUGGACUGUAUCCAAAGCAUCUCACUUUGGACGUCCACGUCCCAUGGGCCCCAAUCACCGCCAUCAACCCUGUCUCGGUGAUGACUUGACGUGAUCCGCCCUGACUGACUGACCCCUCCCCCCUCCACCACUGCCACCCCUCCCCUAUCGCUGUGGCCCGCUCCAGACACUCGCCCGCCAGUCGACCUAUACUGCUACUACCUCUUUCUCCAGCGCGAAGGAUCAGAGGACACUCUUGACUUUUGGCUCGAUGUGCAACAGCAUGAGAACCUUUGUACGGUUAACUCGGCUCGGUUCGGCGGUGCAUUAACGACGGAUGGGCCUGACCUUGUUCGACCCGUGGUGAUCAUUGGACAGGUCGAGCUUACUUCAAAGACUUGCGCAAGUCGGGUCGCACCGUACGAGAGGAUUGGCCGAGGUACCACGAGUUGGCACGCACCCGAGGCAGCAUUUACGGUGGCGUGACCGGCAUCCGACGCGGCGACGAUGGCGGCGAGGAAUUCCCGGGCACCACCGCACCCGCCAGUCCGAGACCGAGCGUGUCGGGGAGACCGCAGGCGUUCAGUGGGAGUGACUACGGGGAGACGCGGGUGACGAAUGAGAAGGCGGAUGGCGAUCGAAGGGGGCCCAGUUUGGGCGGCGAACGAGAGGACGCUCUGCGCACGCCGUCCCCCCGUCCUCGGACGCCUGCUUCGGCAUCCUACCCACUCUCACCAACCCUGCAGGCGCUUUACCCUCACGACUCGGAGGACCGACCUCGCAACGGUCGAUCGGCGGCACCGGCCCAACCGUACAUCAGGCGCGAUACGGCCAUCUCGAGGACCGACCUUAUCGCUUCAGCCGAGCGCAUCUACUCGCGGUACCUCAUGCCCGGAGCCGACAAGGAGGUGUACCUUCCCCCUGCACUGCGCAUCACCGAGUUCACCUUAUCAUCAUCGAACUUACCGACUGUAACGCACCCCGACUACGACCGCGAAGCCGAUGCGCAGGCCCAAGUACCCGACAUGUUCCACGCGCAAAAGGAAUACGUUUACCGAGCGAUGGAGCAGGACACUUUCCCGCGAUUUCUGCGUGCCAAGGCGUUUGGCAACUUGACGCCGAUAUCGGCGUUGGUGCGACUGGCGUUUGGACUGCUGGCGUUGUGGGUCGGGUUGGCAACGGGAUUUGCGUUCAUCUUUCUUGAUAAGAAGCCUAAGGUGUCGAGAUUAUGGGUGAGUCAUGCCCUGGGCCUGAUUCGACGGUGAAUUUGUCAGAUGUACUAAUGCGAACUGUGAUCAUCGAAAACAGGUCAUCAUCCCCUUUACUUUCGCCAUCGUCAACCUCGUCGCGCAUGCCUACGAUCUUGACCCUUUACUCGUCUUUAUGGGUCUAUCCGAAACGGUGGGUGUUGACCUAGUAACUCAGGUUGCCCCGCACUGUUGCUAACAUUAAAAGGAGAACCGCCGCACAGACCCCAUUCCGAACGAUCGGCAUUCGUGAACCCUACGUGCGCAAGCUCUUGUUUGGCCGCGCUUUAUGGGUCACCUUCCUCAGUGCAGUCGUCGUCGCGAUCUUGACCAUCAUCUUCGUGCUGGUCCCUGGACAUCGCUUGUGA